AUGGAUCUUUUUGCAAUCAUACUUAUUAGUGUAACAAUAUUCACAAUUUGUGGCAUAUGCAUUUUUAUUUUUAUUUGUGCAUUACAACCAAAAAUUUUACGUUAUUUCCAUCGAAAAACAAAUAGAACAUAUUAUAUUACAGCUUCAAAAAAACAACAUGAAAUUCAAAAUGAUUUCAAUAUAAAUAAUUUUGAUUUACCUACAAAAUCCAUAUCAAAUGACUUAGAUAAACGAGCAUAUUUAAAAAUAUUAGAACGAAGUGUUAGAACUGGACGAUCAAUACAAGAUGAAAAAGACAAUAAAAUUAAUACGACUAUGACUAAUACUACUAAUAAUAAUAAUAAUGAUUCUCGUCUAGAUUUAUUUUAUCUUCUUCGUCAAUAUAUAAAUGAAAAUUCAUCUUCAACAAUCACUAAUGUAUCAAGAAGUACAGAACUUUGA